CGCUCCUCGUCGCCGAGCGAACCGAGUGAAUUCGGGAAUGUACGCCGCGAACGACGAGGCGGACCGCCCGCGAUCCCAAUCCCGCGGAUACCGUUGACAGAAGCCCGAGCCUCUCGAUCGAAUGCGGGAUUCCGCGAGCGGCGCGAGCAGGCUUUCCUCGUCCUCUCCCGUCGGGAAGCAGGGCGGAUCGGGGUUCGUCGCGACGGCGAGAAUUCCGGAGCGGGCGCGUCGCGGCGCGUUGCAUUUUCACACGUGACGAGCACUUUCGCUGAUAUUCACGGCUGUCGAGUCCGCCGAAUGCGAUGAUAGCUCCUGCCUCGUGCGCGCGGCGCGCGUCGUCGGAUAUCGCGUGAUAGUCGCACGACGGCGAGGAAGACGAAUCGAGCGCGUCAUCCCGUGAGAAGCGUGAGCUGGGAUUCAAUUCGCUGAAAGCGGUCGGGCGCAAAUGAGGCGUAAGGCGAACGACGACGCGAGGCUGUCGGCGAGGAUACCGAUGACCGUACGUUGCGAGAUGGCCGAGCGGAAGCUGCUCCAGUGAGAAAAUGUCGCAGACCGCGGAUGCCGAAAGCGAGACGGGCUCCAUCUGCGACGAGGAACGCGUCCGGAAGCUGUUCCAAGCAUGCGACGGCGACGGCGACGGGUACAUCGACAGCCAGGAUCUAUUGACGGUAUGCCGGGAAUUGAACCUGGAGAACUCGGUGGAGGAAUUGAUGAGGGAAUUGGGCGCGGACGAGCACGGUCGCAUUUCCUAUCAAGAGUUCCUUAGGCGGCGUCUGGCCCUACGACCGGAAAUCGAGGCACUGAGGGCCGGCAAACGGCGCGGCAGUCCGCAUCACACUCACACCCCGGAAUACCUACCGACAAGCAGCGAUAACAGUCUCGGAACCGUGUCGGGACGACAUGAAAGCUGGGAAUUCGACAGCGGUGCCCGUGAUUUGUCGCCGGAACCGCACAGUCUUCAGAAGCUAGUAGAGGCGGCGGCCGGUGGAACGGGAAACAUGCUGGACCUCGCGAAUAAGCUACACGCGGCCGCGCUCUCCUCGCUGCGGUCCGAGGUGGCCGAGCUGAACUCGCGGCUGGUGACGUCUACUCGCGCGCGAGAGACGGCCGAGGCCGGGCUGAUGCGGGCGGAGAUGCAGGCGGUCCGCGCCGAGCAGCGCGCGGAACAGCAGGCGGCGCGGCACGAGGAACGGCUCACCGAGUUGCAUUCCGUCAUCGCCGAGCUCAGCAGACAGCUGGAGAGGCAUCGCGCCACCGUGAUCGCCGAGGAGGACGAGUACGAGGUCGAGACGAGCAGAGACGCCGAGGGUUCCAUUACCAAUCCGGUGGAGGAGAGCGAAGGCGGCGGAGACAUCCAAGGAGACGGUGAUCGCACUUUGGGGGACGCUGAUUCCAGUUGUUGCGAAGAUGAGAACCGACCGGCAGAGAAUGGCAGAGAACAGCUGGACAGUCCGGCCGCGUUGCCGACUCCGGAACCGACGCAACAAGCAGCAUCGUGUCAGAGCGUGGCCGUGGAGACGCUGCAAGAGGAGAUCACGGCGUUACGAGCGGAGAUCACGAGCUUGCAGGCGCAACUGGCCCAUUUCAAGAGCCAGAGGCAGACGACGGGUAGCGAUUCGCCGCGCCGAGAACUCAGACCAAGAGGCAACAAUAGUUCCCCGGAACCUUUGACGGCGCCAUGCUCGCCGCUCUUGCCACCGCUGCAAGCACCACCGACGAAGAACGUGACGAGGGAGGAACCGCCGGUCCUCAAGAUGGCAGAGAGGGUGAGAUUGAGACGAACGGAUGAGAGACACAUCACUGGUCCCGACAUCACGAAUCUUGGAGUAUGCUCCACCAUGGUCGCCGAGCAUCUCGUGUCGGAUCUUCUGGAGCAGUCGAAUCUGCAGGAACUGAACGGUUCGGAGAAGCAGUUCGAAGUCGAGACGGAACGGCUGAACAGCAGGCUCGAACACGCGCGGGCGAACAACGCGGUCCUCGCCCUCACGUUGCACGAGAGCAAGGCGCAAUGCGACAGAUUGAGUUUGUUGGUGGGCAAGUACGAAUCGAACGCGACAGCGUUGCGGCUCGCGCUUUCAUUCAGCGAUCGCGCUAUCGAGGCCUACGACGUCCUGGUCGCGCUGUUGGAGAGCGAGAUCGCGCUAUCCACCGAAAGGAACGGCGUGACGAUCGAUAACCGGAGAGCUGCCGAGAACGUUGCGUAUCAUGUCUUGAAUAGACUUGAGAACGACUGCACCAGUACGCUUGGAGCUCCCUGGGAAGAUAGCAUGGUCCUAUCAGACGAGUCGGAAGUAACUUGGAGUGUGGAGGACGAGCAACGUCUCAGAAGACACAUCAGCAGGCUGAAGGGCGAACGCACGAUGGUCAGGUCAACGGCGGUCGAGCUGGAGAGCGUGCACGCGGAACCCCUAAACUCGAAGAACACCAUUUCCCUGGCGGAAGCAAGAAAACUCGAUCUGGAAACUGCCGUACUUAUGCAGGAACUAAUGGCCAUGCGAGAGGACAAGGCUGAGCUACGUGCCAGAGUGUUCCUUCUGGAGAAGGAACGCGCGACGAUAGAGCUGAAGUUGAACGCACGCGACACGCAGAUCGCGGCUCAGCACGCUACUAUACAGCAUCUGCAGGGCCAGUUGAACGACGCAGAGGCCAUGCUCGCAAUGGCGACAAACAAGGACCGGGGUUUGAGCGACAACGAGAGCGAGGGAAUGGAGUCCGAGCUGAUCGAGGCGUUGGGUCGGGAGGCGAGACUGAAGGAACGCUUGCAGGAUUUGAUAUCCACGCUGGACGAAGUCAACAAGAACUCUGAACUCAGGCAUCAGCAGUCCGCCGAACUUGUUAACGAUCUUAAGAGAGCUAACGGAGCCUUGGUUCAAACUCUGGAAAAGUCCAAGAAGAAGUAUCAGUCCAGGCUGAAGAAACUAGAGCAACAGAUGUUGGGAAUGGUGGAGAGGCACGCUGCGCAGGUAUGACCGAACAUAGGUGAAAACGAUGAAGCAACGAAUAUCUUUACUGGAGGAGGAAUCGAUGGGCUACAAGGGGAGCAUAGCGCUUCAAUCGCAGAGUUCUGGCGCCAGCGAGACGUCGUUAUGACAGUCGAGUGACUAAAUGGCAGAUAUGACGCGCGUUGCGAGCUUGAUGAUCCAAUGAUCGACACCUUUAACGUCUUUCCUUCGCGAGGAGAUGAGAUCGCGCAAAACGGAGAUUGAAUUCACGUAUUUUUUUACACCGAAUAGUCAGUCGAAAGUAAAAAGAAAAAUGCUUAGCUAUCCGCUUUGUAAUUAUAUCGUGGUAUAAUAUUGCCGCUGUCCUAACGAAUAAAAAGAAUAGAGAGACUCAGCUGGGCCUACGCAGUGUGUGCAAUGUGUCGACACGAAUUCAGUUAUUUAAAGCAGACCCCCUUCAGCACGUGUCGUAAAUUAUAAAAAAUUGUUAACCGCCCUGUACAUAUGUAUAUUGUAAGCCUAAACCAAGUGUGAUACAUGUAAACUAUAAUGAAAUAAAUAGUGCUUUAUUAU